ACCAGGGGAAAUUGCUGUCUGAAUAUUGUCUCAGAGAUGGGGGCCAGUGACAGUUGCCUGGAAACUUCAAUCUGUCCACCCGCAUUUAUUCCAGAUCACAGUUAUGAGAUAAAGUUUAAUAAAAAUCUUUCCCUGCGCCACCAACGAAAUGAAAUCCAACCCUUUCUGAGCAUCUGAACACAAUGAGGCAGGACUGUGGAGGAAACCUCAUGUUCAACAUGUAUCUCUCAGAUCCAACAGAAAAUCUGUUGAAAGAAAGUAAAGGAUCAUCUUGGGGUCCAAUAAAUACAGGAGUGCAAAAAGGCAGCGGGCAGAUCCAGCUGUGGCAGUUCCUGCUGGAGCUCCUCUCUGACAGCACCAACGUGUCCUGCAUCGCCUGGGAGGGCACGAAUGGAGAGUUCAAGCUCAUCGACCCGGACGAGGUGGCCCGGCGCUGGGGCGAGCGUAAAAGCAAGCCCAACAUGAACUACGACAAGCUGAGCAGGGCUCUGCGCUACUACUACGACAAAAACAUCAUGACCAAAGUCCACGGCAAGAGAUACGCCUACAAGUUUGAUUUCCACGGUCUGGCGCAGGUUUGUCAACCAUCGACAACCGAGCAGGCCAUCUACAAGUUCCAGGGAAACUUCUCCCCUAUUCCGUUUUCGGGUAUUUCCAAGCUCAAUCUGGUGGCUCCAGGCGUUGGGCCCUCGGGUUUCUCCUACUGGCCCGGGUCCCCUCCUCUGUACCACAGCCACAACCUGCAGCCCCCCGGGCCCUUCAGCACCGUCUCCCCGUCUCACAUCAGCUGCGUCAACAACAUCAACAGCCUAAGCAACAUCAACAACCACUACAACUGACUCUUAAUUAGCAAAUUAUGAAAACUUGGAAAUAGACACCAUAAACGACAGGCAAUGUUUUGGGUUUGCAGAGAAAUAUCGUUUAAACUAAACUGACCAGGAAGGCUUGAUUUUGUUCAGAUAAAAUGUAUCAGCCUGCAGCAGCAGCAGCUUAUUUAACCUGUAAAUAUGACACACUCUAUUCUAGUUUCAUGGCUGAUAACAGAGAGUAAGCAAUUAAAUACCACGAGAUUUUUGUGCAUUUGAUUGGGUGCUUGAUGGUAUGUGCAAAAAUGAGAAAAAGAUGCGACCCAAAACAAGACAGACCGGAUUUCCCACUUGAUCCAUAAUUGAAAACUGUGCGUAUCCGCAAGUCACGUCUGAAAUUGUACGUUAGAAAACUUAAAAUACAUAUUGACACUUAAAAAAUUGUCAUACAGGUUUAAUUAGAAACCUCGAUAUAUUUCGUUUUCUAGCUAUUAAACCCACCACGAUGGCCACUUUUUACGCACAGUUAUUCGAUCUUUGUGUGUGUGUUUGUGUAUUUAUAUACAUAUUUGAAAUAACUACAUCGAUAUCCCCGUAGUAUUUCACCUGUUUAUUCCAAAAAGUGAUGGGGGAUUAAAGCCUAUUUCAUCUGUCAUUGGGGUGAGGCAGGGUACAAAUACAAAGAGACAGAAAACCACGCCCAAUCCCUGCCAUGGUGGUCAAUUAACCAAUUAAGGAAGAUUGAGUAAUCCGUUCCUCCAGAAAAGCCACAACUACGGAGGGAUAUGCAAACUCCAGACAGAGAGGCAACCAGAGGGGAUUAGAGCCCGGGAUCUUUCUUUGUGAGGCGACGGUGCAAUCACCAUACCACCGUGCAGCCCUAAAUCGAGUAAAAAUAAUCCAAAUGGAGACAUUUUUUAACUUCAGCAAUAAUUAAAUUGGACAACCAGUCACUCAAUGUCUCCUUGCGAGUGACCACAUCUGAAAAAAACACAGAUAAACAAUUUGUGACACAGAGAUACUUUUGGUCUUAAGCGAUUAAGACUAAGCGAUUAAAAAUCCAUCCUCCUAAAAGAAUGAAGGAGUCUCACCUUUGGUAAUUUGAUAUUUGUCUGUUUUUUUUAAAGGUUUGGAUCAACUUAUCGUUCGAUUAUUGGAAUUCUGACGCCAUCUCGUGGUUGUGAAAGGGACAUGACAUGUAUUUCUUUAUGGUGACUAACAAUAAAGGAGAAGAGUGGUCUGUAACAUGUUGUUAUUAGGAAAAUUUGAGCCUGUGUGCGUAAAGUGCAUGGGCACUUCGAUGUGUUUAGUUUUGUGUGAAAUAGGAUGAAGAACUUUGUAAAUAGGCUACUAGGACAAAUAAUAGCUCAGGCUUCCACUGCUGUUUGUGAUUCUUAGCAAAUCAAAGUGCACUCAGUUACAGAGCAACAUACUGUGGCAUAAACAACUGUAAAAAUAAAAAAAAUCUAAUCAAAUCAAUA